AUGAAUUCGAACAACGGCGCCAUCCAGCUCGCAAUUAGCUUGUUGUUCUCAAUAUGGUGCACUACGUGUGUUGCCGGCCAAUCGGGCAAUGCAAUUUAUAAUGUGAAGGAUCAUGGAGCGCUAGGAAAUGGCCAAAAUGAUGACACAAAGGCUUUUCAAGCGGCAUGGGAUGCAUCUUGUGCCAUCGAAGGGAAUCCGACAAUACUAAUCCCCAUGGGGUCGUAUUUGGUUGGUCCUUUACACUUCAAAGGGCCUUGCAAGAGUGCCAUGGCGAUUGAUUUGAGAGGGCAAUUGCUUGCAUCGACCCACCUCAAUGCUUACACAAAAGAUUGGAUUGAGUUCCAAUACAUAAAUGGACUAGUGAUAUCAGGCGGUGGAAUAUUCCAUGGGCAAGGAUCUUCGUCAUUGGUGUUCAGUUUUGUGAAGAAUGCAAAGAUCAAAAGCAUUUCCUCUAUCGAUAGCAAACUGUUCCACAUUCAUAUUUUUUCAUCAGAGAAUUUCGAUAUCGAAUCUGUGACCAUCAGUGCCCCUGGAGACAGCCCAAACACUGAUGGCAUUCAUAUUGCCGAUUCCACCAAUGUCACCAUUACAAAUGCCACCAUUGGCACCGGGGACGAUUGCAUCUCCAUUGGACCGGGAAACUCCAACCUAAACAUCUCUAAUGUGCAUUGUGGCCCUGGCCAUGGCAUUAGUGUCGGGAGCCUCGGUAAGAACUCGGGUGAAACUGAUGUUGUCGGCUUGACGGUUAAGAAUUGCACCUUGAAUGCCACGACCAACGGGUUGCGGAUCAAGACAUGGCAAUCUUCUCCGAGCCGGUUGAAGGCUGCCCAAUUUACCUACCAAGACAUCACCAUGAACAAUGUCUACAACCCCAUCAUAAUAGACCAAGAGUAUUGCCCCUACAUUUCGUGCGCCGGAAAGGAUCCAUCUCGUGUUCAAAUCUACGAUAUCAAGUUCACAAACGUCAAGGGAACUUCUUCCUCGGCGGAAGCCAUCAAGUUCAUUUGUAGUAGCUCAUUUCCAUGUCAAGGAGUGGUACUAAAUGAUAUCGACUUGCGUUACACCGGCGAUGCAACGGGGAACAAGACAACAACAUCAACAUGUGCCAACGUUCGAGGAAAAUCAAAUGGCAAUGUGAAACCAAAUCCAUGCAUUUGA